UUCGCCCGGGGUCCCGAAGAUAGAAAACUUUUCCCGAAGGCUGUGAAUUCGGAAAACAACCCCUCCGGGACGCUCUGUCUCUGUCUCCAUGGUAACGCGGCGGACGCCCAGCCCCGGCGUUGUCGCGUUGCGUUGCCUGCGAGGGGGCGGAACCGGAGAGGAGCGACGGGUCUCCGGUCUCUUUCUGCCCGCAGAGGCGAGAUCGGUCGGAAGAUGCCAUUUCACGACGGAGCAUACUACCCGUACAUCAGUGACACCCAGGGGACCCACUCGUCAGCGGGGAUCCCGUCCCUCUUGAAUUCCCCGCUCAGCCAGCACCCUGUGAGCAGCAUGACUCCAUCCAGCGGCGCCUCCGCCAUUAUCCCCUUCAAGUUCCGCCCGCGGCGGGAGAGCGUGGACUGGCGGCGAAUCAACGCCGUGGAUGUCGACCUGGUGGUGAGCCAGCUGGACCUGGACGCCCUCCAGGAGCACAUCAGCGGCGUGACCUUCUGCAGCCUGGACAGCGAGCGGUGCCAGCGGUGCCAGAGCCCCGUGGACCCGGCUCUCGUCAAGCUCCUGCGGCUGGCACAGCUCACGGUGGAGUGGCUCCUCCACUGUCAGGAGUUCCUCACCCACAGCAUGCGUGCGAUGGAGGAGCGGGUGGCGGCAGCCGGCAGGGAGCGCGAGCAGCUGCUCGCCCAGCAGAAAAAGCUUGAGGAGAAGGUGAAGAUGCUGACUGCCGAGCUCAAGCAGCGGAAGAAAGUCAUCCGCACCCAGCAGUCCAUGCUCGCGCCACGCAUCGUCAGCGGCCAGAAGUGUCCACAUUGUGAUAAGUCCUUCCUGAAUUCCUCGUUCCUCCAGAAUCACAUGCAGCGGCGUCACCCCGGCGAGUAUGACACCGAGUGCCGCUCGGACAGCGAGAAGCGAUCUCAGAUGGAAAGCCUCAAAUCGGAGAUCAACGGCCUGAAGGAGCAGGUUGUUCAGCAGCAGCUGGACUUGCAAGCCAAAACCGCUCAGGAGAAAGAGCAGCAGUCCGUGCACAAAGACCUGCUGAGGGAACUGGACCGUUUCAAGGCCGAGGAGAUGGCGCGCAUGGACAGGAAGAUAGAGGACAGCAGGGAUGGCAUGCGCAGGGAGAUGGAGUUUCUCUACACCCGGAAUAUUCAGGCUCUCAAUGAAGCCAAUCAGAAUCAGACGGCCAAGCAUGAAAAACCAACCAGCCCCGUCCACUCGCAGCCAGAGAGAGAUCUGGACAACUACAAAGAGAUGCAGAUACAAGCCAGACAGAAGAUGGAACACCAGCUGAAGAAACAGGAUAAAAAGUGGGGAUCCAGGCUGCAGGAGAUACAGGACCAACACGAGACUGAGAAGAACCGGCUGCUGAACGAGCUGAGCAGAAUGCAGUCGUCCGUGUCCGAUCACCAGGAGAACAGCCAGCGGCUGCAGCAGGAGAUGGACAGGAGGCUGCAGGAGAGGGAGCACACCAUCAGGGCUCAGAGGGAGCAGAUAAGGAAUAUCUCCUCGAAUCCACCCACCAAAAUAGUGGAAGUACCAAUGAUGGUCAGUGCGCCGGCUCCAGAGCCGAAACCAAAGAGAGUGGUGCUCGACUCGAGCAGCUUCUCUGAGCGGAGGCCAGCGGAGAGGAGGCCCGAGCCUGCACCAGAGAAGAAACCGAAGGUGACCACCAGCGCUCUGAAAAGGAACCCCAACAUCAAGAAGGAGAUGCGGCCGGAUCUGGAGCAGGCCGUCGUCGAGAAGCUGGAGAACCUCGGAGUCAAGUCUGAUCAGAGUGGUCUGAAGGACAAAGAGCUCAGCUCCAUCCUGGCCAAAGUGCACUCUAAGCGGGAGAGCAUUGCGAAGGGGAUGCCCGACUACUGGCGCCACCGGGAGGAGAUCGCCAGCACAGUGGAGCAGAAGCUGGGCGGGCAGAGAAGAGGCAGCGAGCCGGCCCCCGAGUCACAGACCAGAUCCAGACAGUCGGUUCAAGUGCUGCAGAUCCGCCCCCGGUCCAGCAGCCUGCCCUCCCGGGCGAUCCGGGUGGUGUCCGGACCUGCAGUUAAACAGCCCAAGACCCCCCAGCCGAUACCGAGGGCCAGGACCACCGCUAAGCCCAAGACAUCUACACCCAAGACCGCUCCGAGGACCUUCACAUCCAAGACCCCCCCUUUCAGUUCAGGUGAGGAGUCUGACGAAGUGGACACGGAUAUCGAGGAGGAACGCCAUCACCAAAAACACCAGCGGGGCAAGUCGCCCCAGCCCAGACUGAACCAGGUCCAAAUCGGAGCAGGCAAAGCCAGUCCAGUCCAGUCCAGGCUGGCUCAAGCCCGGCAGUCCUUCGCCUCCAACCCCCAGCAGGCCCGGGGCUCGGCGGCCAGGACGGCAGUCGCAAAGAUGGAGAGCGACGAUGACGAGUGGUCCGAGCUCAGCGAGCUGCAGGAGAUCGACCCGAAGCGGCUCCAGAAUUUCAAAGACCAGAACGGCAACGUAGACAAGAGGAACUUUGGCAAAGAGAACAAAAUCAAUGACCUGGUUCGGAAAAUGGAGAAGCAGGUUGCAGAGAGAGUGGUGAAGAAACCAGCAGGGGGCGUCAGCAUCUUACCGGAGAGGAUGGACGAGGUCCAGGAGCUCACGUACACAGACCUCGGGGAGAGCAGCGACUGGGCGGUGUCCUCCUUCGAGGACAGACGGGAAACGGCCCAGGGCUCCGGACCAGCAAGGAAGAGCCUGGAGUCGCCCAGCACCAGCGUGUGGGGCACCUCCACAGGAAAAGGUGCCAAAUCAGGUCUGACCGACGCCGGAACAGGAAGCACCCUGAAGAGCAGCCUGUGCUCCCUCAGCGACAUCAGCGACUCCGAGGACAUUAGCAAUAAAUAGCAAUACAGUGACGCAGCAAGCACAGACACAAAGACCUCAGUCAGCCCAUGAAACACCUCCAUGUCACAUGCCAAAUAGUCCUAUUUCAUUCUGUGGUAACACGGAGAGAGCAAUACCCAGACAUUUGUGGAUUAAAGAAAGCGCAUCUCAUAAAUAUGAUGAUUCAAUAAUAUAACAAGUCUCACCUCUCACCUGGUGCCAAUGCUUUGCUUGCCUUUAGACCUUUUCAACGUUUUUUUGUUUUUUUUUCAUUUGGUAUAUUCAUUCAAAAUAUAACCCACACUCCAAAACAAGAUGCUGUAUGUAGUUUGUGUCAAAUUUUGUACUCCAAAUUGUAUAUUGCCUUCACAUGUGAAAUUGA